AUGGAAGAGAGGAGUGUUUUGACCCAGCGUUAUGAAAUCGGGAGGCAAUUAGGACAAGGCACCUUUGCAAAGGUAUACUAUGCUCGCAAUCUAGCAAAUGGUCAGUCUGUUGCCAUAAAAAUACUCGAUAAGGACAAGAUCUUGAAGGUUGGUCUGGUGGAUCAGAUAAAGAGGGAGAUCUCGAUAAUGAGAAUUGUAAGGCAUCCGAAUGUUCUGCAGCUUUUUGAGGUAAUGGCUACCAGGAGCAAGAUUUACUUCGUUCUGGAGUACGCUAAAGGCGGUGAGCUUUUCAACAAAUUAGCCAAGGGGAAGCUUAGUGAGGAGGGGGCAAGGACAUAUUUUCACCAGUUGAUCUCUGCUAUAGAUUAUUGCCACAGUAGAGGUGUUUACCAUCGUGACUUGAAGCCUGAAAAUCUACUAGUGGAUGAGUAUGGGACCCUUAGGGUCUCUGAUUUUGGUUUAAGUGCGCUAACCAAGUCAAAGUGGCGAGAUGGUCUGCUCCACACCGCAUGUGGAACUCCGGCUUAUGUUGCUCCGGAAGUGCUCAGCAGGAAAGGCUACAAUGGUGCAAAGGCAGAUGUAUGGUCUUGUGGAGUGAUUCUGUUUGUUCUUGUUGCCGGUUAUCUUCCUUUCCAUGAAAGAAACCUUAUGGAGUUGUAUAGAAAGAUUGCUAAGGCUGAGUACAGAUGCCCUCGUUAUUUUUCCACUGACCUGAAGGAGCUCCUUAGUGGGAUCCUUGAUCCAGAUCCUAAUACUAGAAUGUCCAUCGCAAGGAUAAAGAGAAGUCCUUGGUAUAGGAAGCCGGUUGAGAGAACACCACUGAGAAAAGACAAGACUUAUGCGAGCGAAGCUGCUGCGUCUGGCCUUCCAUGUCGCAAGAGUUCCGAUGGACCGGCGAGCAUGAAUGCAUUUAAUAUCAUUUCCCUCACUCCUGGGUUCGAUCUAUCUGGUUUGUUCGAUGAAAGAUAUAGCCAAAGGGAGGCACGAUUUGCUUCCAAUGAGCCGCCAGCAGCUGUAUUUGUGAAGCUGGAGGAACUUGCCCAACGCAUGAAGCUUAAAGUUACAAAGAAAGACAAUGGAGCGAUGAAAUUGGCCGCGCCGAGGGAAGGAAAGAAGGGUACUCUUGAGUUUGAAGCAGAAAUCUAUGAGCUCGCGUCGUCUUUUCUCUUAGUCGAGUUGAAGAAGACCAAUGGUGACACUAUGGAGUACCAGAAACUGUUGAAAGAAGACAUUAGGCCGUCACUCAAGGACAUUGUUUGGUCAUGGCAUGGCGAUGUUCAGCAGCAGGCACAGCUACCUCAGGAUCCACAGUGGCCACCACCGCAGCAGGCACAGCAACCUCAGGAUCGACAGUGGCCGCCGCCGCUCCCACCACAGCGGUUAGAACAUUUAGCUGCAAAUGCCCCACCGCCACAAUAA